AAAACUGGUUAAUAAACAAGCUGAAAUCCGCUGUUUAAAAGCUUAAACAACAAAUUAUCAUGAAUCCUGGUUUAUACUUUGCUAUAGGCAGGAAAGCUAGAGAUCUUCUGUACAAGGAUUAUGCUCAACCUCAACCACUACAGAUUCGGUACCAAAGUUAUGAUUGGAGUUUUGAUUUCUCAUGCCAAAUUGAAGAGGUUUUGCCUGGAUUGAACACAGUUUUUAGAGUUGUUGUUCCAGAUUCAAGCCAGGCAGAACUGCAAUACUUGCGUGAUUAUGUGGGGUUUAGUGCUGGAAUAGGACUGAAGGCAAACUCUGCACAUGGAUUUGAUCCGAUUGCUAACAUCUCGGGUGUAAUAGGAAGCACUGUCGUCUCUCUUGGAGCAGACCUGGGGAUCGACAUAACAACAAGGACUCUCAACAAAUUCAGUGCCGGUUUGAGCUUGAAUAGUGCCUUCCUUAUUGCUUCCAUGACCCUGAGUGAUAGUUGUGACAGUGUAAAAGCAUCAGUUUAUCAUCCACUGAACCCCCCAACAAUGACUGCAAUUGCAGCUGAGUUGAAGCAUAGGAUUUCCAGGGAUGCAACCACCCUUACAUUUGGAGCCCAGCAUGCACUGUUGCCAUAUACAUUGGUGAAGGCUCGUAUGAAUACUGAUGGCAAAGUCAGUGCUGUUCUUCGGCAGGAAAUUUGGCAAAGGUUCUAUGUCUCCAUUGCAGGGGAGCUCGAUUUAAGGGACAACAAUAGUAUUCCUAGAAUUGGACUUUCAAUGGCAAUCAAGCACUAGAAAGAAUACCCAAUUCAUCAUACUCAGUUGAUUUGGUCGCCACAAAAUCGUAGUAUUUACUGUUAUGUAUACAGGUUCCUUGUAUUAGUGAUAAAUAAUGAUGUGAAAGAUAUCAAAUAAUGCAGAAAAAGUUAAGUUAAUGAAGGGUUCAUCGGAAGUUAAGCCAUGAAGCAGCUGCUAAUGUUGUGGAAACAAUUGCAGUGAAAACAAGUGUUGCAUUUGCAUAUGAGAAAAGACAAGAUUGCAGCAAGAGGAACUCAUGAACUAGACCAGGCAAUUCUUGGUAUUAUUUUUGUGUCAUAAUCAUAUUGUAUAAAUUUUGAUAACUUCAUAUGAUCACAUUUUGUUCCGCGGUAUCAUAUUUUUUGUUAUUUUUUUACAAA